AUGGAAAAUACUUUUUUUGUUGUAUUACCUAGUAAUGUUAGUGAUUAUUCUGAUAAUAAGCCUAACAAAUUCCGAUCACAUUUGGCAAAACCUAUUCAGUUUCAAGGAGGAAAUUGGGUAUGCGGUUUAUAUAGUAUUCAAUAUCCGCAAUCGUGGGCAGCUACAAUUGGUACAGAUGAAAAACAAUGGAUAGAAAUCAAUUACAAAAACAAAAAGACAUUCAAAUUUGGUAUCCCGAAAACAACACAAUUAACUGCAAAAGGCUUGGGGUUUUUUCUUAAACUAGUACUUGCAAAAGUCCAAAAAGAGGAAGCUAGAAAGCGCAGAGAGGUUAAUACUUAUACAGAAGAUGAUAUUCAAAAAGAUUCCCCUAUUAAAAAACGAUUCAGAAGAGAAAAAGAAAUUAGCAAAAAUCAGACAGACACUUGUUGA